CGCCGGGUGGAGAGGUCCAGGAUCACGUGUCUGCCUGACUGCCUGACUGCCUAAUUCUGCCUGAGGCUACCACCACCACCCACCACCACGUUUCUGCCUGAUUCUUCUGCCUGUCUGCCUGACCACCACACCCUCUCGCGCCUCACACCCACACCCACACCCUCUCACCACCAUGUCGACUUCCUCCCCCCACCUCCUCGACGCCAUGCAGGCCAUGCUCAACGGCGCCCUGCUCGAAGUCGGCCGCUCCAUGAAGAACCCCGCCCGCGCAAACCUCAACUUCGCCACCGCCCAGGGCCUGCACGGCCCCAAAUACAACAACGUCAACCUCUCGGGCAGCUGGGAGCGCUUCAACGCCCUGGCCGACGAGCUCGGCGCCGAACUCGCCCGCGCCCAGGCCGUCCUCCGCAGAGACCUUGCCGUGCGCCGCGCCGAGCGCGAGCUGCGCGAGGCCGCAGAGAGGGAGCAGCUGCGCCAAGCCCAGGAGCUGGAUGUCACCAUGGAGGAGGUCGACCAGGUCAAGCUGGGUCCCGCGCCCGACGACGAUGUCGACAUGGCCGACGGGCCCCCGCAGCAGCAGCAACAACCCAAGCCCGCUGCAGCAAAACCAGUCGCGCCCGCUCCUGCUGCUGCUGCGCCGCCCAAACCCCCCGCCAUUCAGACCAACACGACUGCCGCUGCUGCGCCCGCAACCGCGACCAGCACCGACGAUCUCUUCGGCCCCACGCCCACCACCGCCAGCAUGAACAAUCCCGACUUUGACAGCAUGUUUGACGACCUGACGGCCGGCAACAACGACACGGCCAAUUCGGCGACAGGUGGCGACCAGUCGACCACGGCAGACAACGGGGACUUGGACUUUGCGCUGCUGCCCGGGCUAGAAAGUUACGCCAACAGCGGUGACAACGGUGGCGCGGCGCAGCAGCAGCAGCCGGCCGACGCGGCUGCUGGGAUGGAUCUUGGCGCGCUGGACGCGUCGAACAAGCAGGACGAGCAGAAGGCAGCGGAGGACGAGGAGAAGAAGAAGAAGCAAGCCGAGGAGCAGGCCCAACAGCAGCAACAACAGCAACAGGAAGAACCGCAGCAAACGCAGCCCGCCGAGGACGAGGUGCAGAGCCAAGAAUUUGACCCCAACGCCUUCACGGGCGAAUCAACAUUCGACGAGCUCUUCAACUACGGCGACUUCGACAUGGGCGACAGCGCCGGCGGCGGCACAGAAACCACAUUCGACGACUCGUUCUUCGGCAUCUGAGAGAGCUGCAGCGCAUGAUGAAGGGAGGGAAGGAGAGAGGGAGCGAGAAAGGGAGCGAAUGAGCGGGACAGAAAGCAAGGCAAGCGGCCAGGACGCGAGGAGAGAGACAUGUGAGAGAGUGUGAGAGAGCUAGGUAGAGGGGGAGGGAGACGUCCAAACACCUAAUGAGAGCACACCACGCAACCGCGCGCGCUGCGCUUCUUAAGAAAGGCAGCGCGCGUGCACGCAUCCACGCACCAAACGCAAACGCAAACGCCCUACCUAGCUACGUACAUGCCUUACGGGCUGCAAUCCAGCACCCGCACCCGCACCGGCUCCCGC